AUGUCGUCGAACUUGAAGCCUUUGCUGCUACCGCAGCUGGUGGAGGAACGCAAGAAGCUCGAGGUCCACCACCACACGUGCUCAGAAGAAGAGCUCGCCUACACCUACCAUACCACCAAUUCCUCUUCCUCGGACAUCGCGACGCCUCUCACGCCUACCUUUUCCUCAAGGGGACACUACCGCACCUCCAGCUCAACUUCAUCCAUCGACCUAGCCUACCUACAAUGCCUCGAGAGCCCUGCAUCGCCGGUACCAUCACAAGCACCGAAGCAGACCGGUGCACGACCACUGCCCGAUGUGAAGGAGGAGCCAUUCGAGAGAGAGGACGUUAUGGGUGAUUUCAAUGACAGCUUUGGAUUAUACAGCUGUCUCUGCGACGAACCAUGCGAGCAUCGCAGCAGCUCUGAACACACCUUUCCUGGCGACAUUGUCACUGACUACGAGUUCGAUCACGAUUGGGAUUGCCUCAGUGACGGUGCAUUAUCAGUAAACCUAUCGAGCAACUCAAAGAGCCGAAGCGGCACUGAGCUGCCCUUUAUUGGACUUACAUCUCGCCUCAGCUCUAAGUUGCAGUCGCAGAAUCGGUGGACACUGAACAAGAGAGGGACGCUACGAUCGGCUGCCACAACCGAGAUCAGCCUUGAGACUGCCCUGUCAAGAGCGACAUCGAGCCGAUCUUCUUCGAUUUCUUCUCCCCGCCCUCAAAUGUCAGACCGUCUCCAAGACUUGCCCAAGCUGACGACUUAUCCUGGAUCUUGCUACGAGAGCCGAGAGAGCCUCGUUGGCGAGUCUGCCCGAUACGAAGAGGAGGAAGAUGAGGAGCUGGAUCAACGGCUUACGCUUGAGCGUGAUCGCGCAAAGGCGACAACCCCCCUCCUCCCACCACUACUCAAUGGACCCUUCGCAUCCCCUCCUAAGGAAUCUCCUUUACAAUCACCUACAAUUGCUCCUUCAACCUUCUCACCUGAGAUUCACUCACCACCCUCAUGCACCACCAACUUCUCACGACCCUCGCUCAGCGCAAAGCCUUCAGUCACAUCUUUGCGACUUCUCCCAGUCGAGACACCUGCUACUCUACCUGCCCUGUUGCAGGAGUAUGAUGAGUGGUCAGAUAGAUUGGGUCACGCAAACUUUACCAUUAACCCCAAGCCUUAUGAGCUGGAGCUUGUGGAUAGCGAUACCUUGACGCAAUUCCGCAAGGAUUGGGACGCUGCUCGAGUCAACUACACAAAACACAUCGUCCGCACCGGUGAGAACUACGGGGAGACGAGCACUAUUUACGGCCUUACAGAGCGCAAAUGGGCCGAGAUCGAGUCGCAAUGGCGGACGACCUACGAGGCUGCCAUGAAGCAGUUCAUGGGACCAACCCCAGGACACCGCGCGAACCGGUCCUCAACCUCAGCUAGGAGCCGAAGCCGGGGCCGAACUAGGGGAAGAGGUCGAUCUGACAGCGCAGGGGCUGUCCUCUGGGGCCGUCCUGCUCAGGAUGACCUUUUCGCAGAGGCUGAGUGGCGCCGCGUCGAGGACGGCCUUUCCAGCGCCAUUCCGCAUAUGAUGGAUGGCGACGGCAAGUUCCCUGCACGAGGCGACGAAGACAUUGUGGGCCCCAUGCACCGCGCCGAGCCCAUGUCUCGCGCGCACAGCGAAGAAAAAUACGGCGCCAGAUUCUGGAAGAACCUGGCUGGAAGGGUCGGCCUGCGCAAGUAA